CGCCAUGGAGACCGCUCUGUCUACGGCGGCCGCGGCGGCUCAAGCUGAGCUGUUUACCUCAGUCGCGAUGACGGGAGAGCGAAACCGGGUCGCAGUGCCAUGAAACGUGAGCGGAGCUGCGGAGUCGACGAACAUCGCCGGUGGGGUUGUGUUGUGAUCCCGACCCGCCCCUGAACGGCCAGCCUCGGCCUGCUGUCGGAGGGAGCGGCGGCUCUGCGGUCCAACAAGGCCGGGUCCGCCGCGCGGCCUGCUCCCCGGGAUGGAGCAGGGGCACUUGCGUGAGAGCCCCGCCGGCUCCGGGGAGUCGGACGCGGGGGACUGGGCGGAGACCGUCCCGGCCGGGGACCCGGAGCGGACCACGCCGGAGGCGGCGCCCGGGGACGGCUGCGAGGACUCCGGGGGGGAGAAGCUGCAGAGCCCGUACGAGGAGGAGCUGGACCCCCGGAUACAGAACGAACUGGAGCAGCUCAAUGAAGCCAGCGCAGAGAUCAACAGGCUGGAGCUGCAGUUGGAUGACGCCAGAUCCGGCUACCGGAAGAUCCUCACCGAGUCUGCCAGGAAGCUGAACGCUCAGAGCUCUCAGCUCGGCGGCUGCAUCGAGAAAGCCAGGCCGUACUACGAAGCUCGCCGCCUCGCCAAAGAGGCCCAGCAGGAGACCCAGAAAGCAGCUCUGAGCUACGAGCGAGCCGUGUCGAUGCACACGGCCGCCAGGGAGAUGGUGUACGUGGCGGAGCAGGGCCUGAUGGCCGACGGCACCAACACUCUGGAUCCCACCUGGCAGGAAAUGCUGAACCACGCCACGGCCAAGGUGAACGAGGCCGAGGAGGACCGGCUACGCAGCGAGCGCGAGCACAUGCGCGUCACGCACGCCUGCCAGGAGGCAGAGGCCCGGGUCCAGAUGCUGCAGAAGUCCCUGAAGAGGCUCAUCCUCAAGUCCAAGCCCUACUUCGAGCUCAAGGCCCAGUUCAACAACAUCCUGGAGGAGAGCAAGACGAAGGUCAUGCAGCUGGAGCUGCAGGUCACCAAGGUCAAGACCCGCUAUUCCGUCGCCCUGCGCAACCUGGAGCAGAUCAGCGAGCAGAUCCACGCCCAGAGGGGGCGGGGCCUGGUCUGCGCUGGGCGGAGCCCGCCGGUGGGGGCGGAGUCGGCCCCCGCGGUCCGGGAGGAGGGCGGGGCCUGCGGCAGCGCGGCGGCACCGGCGGGGAAGGAUGGCGGCGGCGGCGGCGGCGCAGACCUGGUGGAGCGAUACAAGGACCGGGAGAAGGAGCGGGAGCGGGCCGGGUCCGACUCCCUGUCCGUGUUCAGCCUGCAGACCAUCGCCUCGGACCUGGAGAAGUACGACUCGGUGGAGCACCUGGGGGACAUGAGCGACGUGGGCAGCGUUACCGGGGACGACGGCGAGAAGGGGGGGGCGGGCCGGAGGGACAAGCUGGCCGAGACGGCGGUCAGAGAGCGGCAGCAGCAGUUCCACAAGCAGCACCACCGCAGCUUCAGCUUGUGAGGGCCGGGACCCGGACCCGGAUCCGGGACUGGGACCCGGACCGGCCGACCCGAGUCAGACUGAAGUA